UGGCGACUAGUUCUCGUUGAUGUAGAGUUUACCUGUUGAUAAUCGAAUCAGAUUUGGCUUAAAGGAAAUUCUUGAAUUAUCGUAGUACUAACAAGGCAAUUUGCCUCCAUCAAACUCUUCGUUUAUCACAAUAUUCUGCUCUAAUGAGGUGGUCAACAUUUUCAUACAAAACAAGUGUAAGCAAACGAUGUAUCAGUAUUUCAAGUAUACGAAAGUUAGGAAAGAAGUGUUGUCAUUGCUUUUACAUUUAGCAUAAAUUGUUGGACAAUGAUUUUCAACGUCACAAAUAGUUUGUAAAGGAUCAAAUAGUUAAGAAUUCAUCAGAGUUUUCAUUCACGUGUAACGAGAUAAAUAAAAAUGUAACGUAAUUGCUGUGUUUACCCGCAUAAUUAGCUCUCUCUGUUUUUCUUUGAAAAAGCGUGUAUCAAAAAAUUCAUAUGAGAGAAUGGCAAUUCGCAUUACACUAGAAUGUGGACAUUCAUCAAUGUUACGUAUGCGUACUACCCCUCAGGGCUAUACUCAUGAUUGGGAAUUAUUUGUGCGGGGUAUUGACAAUGCUGAUAUUCACCACUAUGUUGAAAAAGUGGUUUUUCAAUUACAUCAAACAUUCUCAAAACCAAAGAGGAUCUUAAAAGAACCACCAUUUGUGUUAAAAGAGUCUGGUUAUGCUGGUUUUGAGAUUCCAAUUCAUAUUUAUUUAAAAAAUAAGGAUGAAGGUAGCAAAAAGAUAGAAAUUUUAUAUGACCUUAACUUACAAUUUAGUGGUCCUGCAAUUACAAAUGUCAUAAGACAUACUGAAAUAAUUAAUAACCCUUCAGAUGACUUUAGGAGGAAACUGUUGAAGGGUGGUGGUGUUCUUGUGUCCAGUUCUGAAAAUUCAGUUGAAAAGAACGAAUCUAAAGCAUUAACUAUGGUUGGUAAACCAAAGUUGAGCGGGAGUGAGUCGAAGAAGCACAAAAAUACAGAGUCAAGAACUUCAAGUUCUUUUGCUGAAUUAUUCGGUACACCUCUAAAACCUACAAAAGUUUCUCAGGACACUAAAAAGUCUACACCGCAAGAAAAAUCCUCGGCUUCUAAAUCGUUAAUUAACACAGAGAAGUCUGAUAAAGUGGACAAAACAAAGUCUAAAGAUAGUCCUCAUAAAGAUACUAAAAAGGAUAAGCCAGACGAUAGGAAAGAGAAAAGAAUCAAAGAACAAGCUAAAGAUAAGAAUCGAAGUAAGGAGAAAUUAAAAAGAUCUACUAGUCCUGGAAAUAAGAGUCAUUCUAGCCCUUCUAAUAAAAGGCCACCAUCACCUCCAUCAGUUGGAAUAAAAAGAGCUUGUAGCCCAUCUUUGCCUUCUGCAAAGAGGUCAAUUUCCCCAAAAUUGAAGGAAAAGGAGAUGAAAAAAGUAACUUUUGAAAAAGAGAAAGAUAAGAGUAAAGAGAAAGAUAAAGUAAAAGAUAAUUCUAAAAAUGUUGUCGAUGCUUCUAAGGGUGAAAAGAAAAAGGACAAGAAAAAGCAUAAAGAAGAUCGGGAUAAAGAACGAAAGGAUAAGUAUAAGGAAGGAGAACGGCCUUCCUCAAAGGAAUCUAUAAAAGUAGCCGAGAAGAAGAAUAAAUCAGAGAAAUCCGAGAAAUCCGAGAAAGAGAAGAAUCAAGAGUAUAAAUCGGCUAAAGAGGGGAGAAAGUCGCCGAAACCUCCGAAGGAGAGUGAGAAACCAAAGGAUGAGAAAUUAUUGAAGACAGAAAGAUCUGAAAAGACCGAGAAGUCUGAGAAGGCAAAGGACAGUAAGAAUGAAAGAGACAGACAGAAGCACAAGCAUAAAAAAAGGGAUAAAAAGGAUAAACGGGAUAGUAGCAAAGAUAGGGAAAAGAAAGAGAAACGCGACAGGAUAAAGUCUUCAACGGAGAAGCAAGAUAAUGUGCCUAAUGUUCCAGUAGCUAAUUCCUUUUCAGUACUAGAAAUGCCAGAAAGAGAUAGCAGCGAUUCAGCGCCAUCCAUAGAUGACGAUUCCAUUCCUGAAUCAAAAUUAGUGCCUAUGGUUAAGAAAGAAGUAGAAAAUUUAACGGCGUCUACACCGCCAACAGAACUGACAAAACCACUUUCACCUGCAAUUCCUACAGACAUUAAAAAGGAUAAGGUUGACCGAAAUAAAAGGGACAGAUCUAAAGGGAGUAAAGGGGAGGAAAAAGAAAUCCGUAGAAGGAAACGACGGAGUGAUAGUAAAGGCGAUGACGACCAUGUGGUUAAAAGAGAAAAGGAUAGAGGUCAUUCGACGUCACCUCCUUUGGAGCCUGUCUCUUCGAGUCAAUCACCAGUCGUGGUGGAUCAGGAAACGGUUCAUAUGAAAGAUAAGGAGGAUCGUGGUGUUACGGAACAAGUCGCCGAGAAGCGUAUCGAGGCGGAAGCGGAACAAGUGGCCCCUGAUUCAACGAAUAGUACUUUGGUUGAUUCAGACAUAGGAGAGCCACCAGUGUUUUCAGAAGACUAUGUGUCACAGUUGAAAGAUUUGCAACAAAAGAUAAUGACUUUGCAAGAUAAUCAAGAGUUACAGAGAGUUGUUCAGGUAAUCGCAGAAACCGGUCAAUACGAGAUCACAAAAAAGACAUUUGAUUUUGAUCUGUGUGCUCUGGAUCGUAGAACGGUGCAACGUUUACAACAAUUUUUUGCAUCGUGACCGUCUGUAGCGUAAAUCAUGAUCUUUUAUUAUAAAUUAUUAUUAUUCUAUGUAUUAAGUCAUUAAGUUAUUUGAAUUUAUAAAAGAGAUUCCUCCAGAUUAAUAUAUAUAUAUAUGUAUAUACACAUAUACAUAUAUAAAAACAAGUAAUAUACAAAACCCCAGGAGAAAUUUUGUAGAUACCGAUGUCCUCGGCAAAGCAGAAAGGAGUCUACUUCUGCCUGGGUAUACGAUUCAGAUUUUGCAUACUUUCCUCUUAAUAUGCCAACUGUGUACUUUCGAUUGCAUUAACCUGGAAAACGUGCGUAAUUUAUCUAUGGAAAAGAAAAUGCUGUUUAUGAAUCGCAGCGAGAUAUGAUAUUGCUUAUAAUUCUAGUUUCUUUAUCAUUCACCAGAUCAGCUUAUUUUCUUACAUUUUUAUAUAUUUUCAGCACUUGUUAUUUUUACAUUGUUUUAUAGACAUAUAAAUAAUACAUAAUCUGUGGAGAGGAUAGAUUAAGAAUCGUAUAUUGUAUUUUCGUGUAAUAUAAAAUAUUCACAGUUUCUUUCAAGACCAUUAGAAAUUGCAAUGCAUUUUUAUUUAUGUAAAUGCAAUAUAUACACGUAUAUGUAUAUAUAUACAUAUAUAUGUAUGCAUUAUAUAUACGUGUAUGUGAUGUAUAUGUAAUGUUACAUAUGUCUAUUACAAACAUAUAUUUGAUUUCUUGUAUGGUAAAGAUAUAUAAAAGAUUAUGUUGACUUUAAUGAUGUUAAUCGGAAACGUUCAAAGAUUUCGUGCAUCAUAUUGCCUUCUACAUAGAUAUAUUCUUGAUAUCUUUCAGAGAAUUUAGCGUAGGUUCAUCUAUCUGAACCGAGGGUGAUUAUUAUAUUUAUUGAUAUUUUCAUAUGGGACGUAAUUAAAGUAAGAAACGUAUGAAAGGA